GUAAGACUGCAGUGGGAUGCUGCUGAGAUUGCUACCUCUGCCUCUCACCCUCAUCCCCCAGGGCCUGGUAGGGACCGCCAGUCAACCAGUCCUCCAGGCCCCCUUGGUCUGUACCCCGUCCCACCUAACCUCAUCCUUCACUCCCCCUCCAGCUCCCAGCGUUAAUAUAACCUGUCCUGCUGGUUUGGUUGGGUUUUGUUGGGGCAGGGGAUAAGGAAGAUAUUUUUUAUACUAACUUGAAAUGCAUGGUUCUGUUUUGAUUUUGCAAACUUCAAUAAAGAUACAUUGUGUUUGUGUGGAAAGUGAGAGUCAAAUCACCUUUUCAAGCUUGGAAUUCCCAGGAGAAGCUGAGUCUCAGGAUGAUGCAAAAAGGACCCUGCCCAGGCGGUGGACCCAGAAGGGCUUCUCCGCACAGCCUCCAGCUUGGCUUACUGGCUCAGGAUAGCUCUUCUAGAGUCUUUAAAAGGGUCGUUUGCUGUCAGGCAGUGGUGGAGAGGCACAAAGAGCUUGGGGCUGGGAGACCCUCACUCACUCUGAGCAGCAAGGGGAUAAAAUUGGUGACUCUCUGCGGGAGCUUGAGCACUCACAGCUCAGGUGUGCGUGCGCUUAUCUCCUGUUUCCUCCUCAAGAGCAGAGGAGAAGAACCUGGCUUCUGCUCCUCUCCCAGACCACUGAAUCCUUACCUGUCUUUUUGCCCGUCCAGCAGUGACCCCCCCCCAUACUGGGGGGGAGCCAGGCACAGGAUGUGGUGGCGGUGUGUCCACCCCAGUCCUGCCACACCUUUUCCUACCAAGGGUAGCAGCUCCUCCAGACCUCAGUUUCUCUGCCCGUGAAAUGGGGUGGCUCUGGGAGGGGGGAGGGCUUGUAGUUUCCACGGAGACUCCUGCCUCAGCAAGUGGUGAUAAAGGUGCCAAAGAAGGGAUCUCAGAGGAGUACCUGGAAGAGGGGCUGAGGGGCUCAGAAGGAGCAAGACUCUGAAGAGGGUGGUAGGGCCCUGGCCUGGGGCUCAAGCUCACAGUGUGAGACCCCAAAGUGGUGACGUCAUUUGCCAGCUCCCAGGUUAUCAGAAUGCCUCCCUCUUCCUCCUGCGUCACUCUUUCCCUACAGAGCACCAGUUCUGAUCUCUCUCCUGUCCUGAAGUACCCACCCCAGGCCCAGCCCUUUCCCCAGAGCCUGACUGCUUCAGAAAUUGGGGGGAGGGGGACAAAAGAAGGAAGUAGGGCUAGAAUGAUUCCUGUACUGGGGCCUGGAGGAGGGAGGAGCACUUCCUUACCUGAGGGCCAGGCCUCUCCCCUUGUUUGCUCUGAGAUAGCCAGUCUCGCUGGGGCCCGGCACCAGGAGGCUGCCGUGUGGGCACUCGCUACCUUCUCCCAGAGCCAGACACCCAGACGGACCAAGAGCCGGCAGGACGCGGCCAUGGCCUGGCUCCAGGGGCCCUUCCUCUGCGGAGCCCUGCUGGGCUGGGUCUGCUUGAGUGCCCCCGGGCUGGCCGUGGAGGUGAAGGUGCCCACCGAGCCCCUGAGCGCGCCGGUGGGCAAGACCGCCGAGCUGACGUGCAGCUACAGCACGUCGGUGGGAGACAACUUCGCCCUGGAGUGGAGCUUCGUGCAGCCUGGGAGGCCCGUCUCCUCGUCCCAACCCAUCCUGUACUUCACCAACGGCCAGCUGUAUCCAACUGGUUCUAAGGCAGAGAGGGCCAGCCUGCUUCAGAACCCCCCCACAGGAGGAGUGGCCACCCUGAAACUGACUGAUGUCCACCCCUCGGACACUGGAACCUACCUCUGUCACGUUAACAACCCGCCCGAUUUCUACAGCAAUGGGUUGGGGUUAAUCAACCUCACUGUGCUGGUGCCUCCCAAUAGCCCCUCGUGCAGUCAGAGUGGUCAAACCUCCAUGGGGGGCUCUACUGCAUUGAGAUGCAGCUCUUCCGAGGGAGCCCCCAGGCCAGUGUACAACUGGAUCCGCCUUGGAUCUUCUCCUACACCACCUCCCGGCAGCAUGGUACAAGAUGAGGUGUCCGGCCGGCUCAUUCUCACCAAUCUCUCCCUGGCUUCCUCGGGCACCUACCGCUGUGUGGCCACCAACCAGAUGGGCAGCGCAUCCUGUGAGCUGACCCUCUCUGUGACUGAGCCUUCCAAAGGCCGAGUGGCCGGGGCUGUGAUCGGGGUGCUGCUGGGCGUGCUCUUCCUGUCAGUUGCUGUGUUCUGCCUGAUACGGUUCCAGAAAGACAGGAGGAAGAAGCCCAAGGAGACAUACGGGGGUAGUGACCUACGGGAGGAUGCCACCGCACCUGGGAUUUCUGAGCAAACUUCUGUGAGGGCCGAUUCUAACAGUGGGCUCCUGGAGAGGCCUUCGUCUGCCAGCACUGUGACGACCACCAAGUCUAAGCUCCCUAUGCUUGUCUGAUUUCUCUCCCGAUCCCUGAGGGGGGAAUAUCAAGAAGUAAAGCCUUUGGGUACCA